AUGGACAAGUUAGUCGUGAAUUACUAUGAGUACAAGCACCCUAUAAUCAAUAAGGAUCUGGCCAUUGGGGCCCAUGGCGGCAAGAAAUUUCCGACCUUAGGUGCUUGGUAUGACGUUAUUAAUGAGUACGAAUUUCAGACGCGUUGCCCUAUUAUUUUAAAGAACUCCCACAGAAAUAAACAUUUUACAUUUGCCUGUCAUUUGAAGAACUGUCCGUUUAAAGUUUUGCUGAGCUAUGCUGGCAAUUCCGCAUCCUCAGAGACUUCAUCCCCCUCUGCAAGUAACAAUACGAACCCAUUGGACACCCCUGAUCAUAUUCAUCACCACAGCGAUAACAUGAGCAAUGACGACAAUAAUAGCAACAAUGACAAUAAUAAUAAGGUGAGCAAUGACAGCAAACUGGACUUCGUUACAGAUGAUCUUGAGUACCAUCUGGCAAACACUCAUCCGGACGAUGGCCAUGACAAAAUCGAGCCAAGAAACAAUAACGUGAGUGGGAACAAUGACGAUGAAGCUGACGCUAACAACAUUUUUAAACAACAAAGUGUUACCAUCAAGAAUGAUGCUGAAGUUGAUUCACUAAAUAAGUCUUCUAUAGAUCAGAACUUGGAAAACACCAACGGUUCUGCUACUGCUAAUGACAGCAGUACUCACCAUCACAACGAUGACGAUGACGUCCAUACUCAAAUGACAAAGAACUAUUCCGACGUUGUGAACGAUGAAGAUAUCAACGUUGCCAUUGCUAAUGCUGUUGCAAACGUAGAUUCUCAAUCAAACAAUAAGCAUAACAGCAAAGACGAUGAUGCCACCAGUAACAAUGAUGACCACGAUAAUAAUAAUGAUAACAACAAUAACGGCAACAGUAAUAGUAAUGACAACGCUGGUAGUCACGGUGUUUCAACCCACUCACCCUCUUCAAUACGAGACACUUCUAUGAAUUUAGACGUCUUCAAUUCUGCUACCGAUGAUAUACCAGGCCCAUUUGUUGUGACCAAAAUUGAACCUUAUCAUAGCCAUCCUCUAGAAGAUAACUUGUCGUUGGGUAAAUUCAUCCUAACAAAGAUUCCCAAGAUCUUACAGAACGAUUUGAAGUUUGAUCAAAUACUAGAAAGCUCUUACAACAAUUCUAACCAUACUGUAAGCAAAUUCAAAGUUUCACAUUACGUGGAGGAGUCUGGUCUUUUAGACAUUUUGAUGCAAAGAUACGGGUUAACGGCCGAGGAUUUCGAAAAAAGAUUACUAUCUCAAAUUGCCAGACGUAUAACCACGUAUAAAGCAAGGUUUGUGUUGAAAAAGAAGAAAAUGGGGGAAUAUAAUGAUCUACAACCUUCCUCGUCCUCUAAUAACAAUAAUGGUGCCGAUGAUGAGCUUUCUAACACAAACAUGAGAAAUAACUCUAUUAGUUAUACUAAACAUCAGGAAAUUUCGAGCACAGGGAGCUCAUCAAGCGCAAUCAAAAAUGAGAAUAACAUGACUAAUAACAAAAAUGACGAUAAUGAAAAUAAUAGUAACAACAAUAAUAACGAUGCUUCGAAUUUAAUUGAAGGCGUGUUAGAUAAAACACCUAGUCACCGCUAUCAAACCAAGAAAAUGCCAAACGUUAACAAAUGGAACAAACCAGAUCAAAUAACUCAUUCCGAUGUAUCCAUGGUGGGAUUAGAUGAAUCGAAUGACGGUGCUGAUGAAAAUGUUCACCCGACUUUAGCGGAAGUGGAUGCACAAGAAGCUCGUGAAACAGCUCAACUGGCCAUAGACAAGAUCAACUCUUACAAGAGAUCUAUUGAUGAUAAGAACGAUGAUGACCACAAUAACUCGUCGAGAAACGUUGUAGACGAAAACUUGAUCAAUGAUAUGGAUUCAGAGAAUACCCACAAAUCGAAGAGACAACAUUUAUCGGAUAUCACGCUGGAAGAGAGAAACGAAGAUGACAAACUACCGCAUGAAGUAGCGGAACAAUUGAGGUUGCUGUCAUCACAUUUGAAAGAGGUAGAAAAUUUACAUCAAAACAAUGAUGAUGACGUGGACGAUGUGAUGGUGGAUGUGGAUGUCGAAUCGCAAUAUAACAAGAGCCCGAAUCACCGUCAUAAUAGUCACCACAAUCAACCUCAUCACGAUGUAGAAGAUGUUGCUGGGUUAAUGGGGAAAGCCGAUGAAGAAGAAGACCUUUCCGACGAAAACAUUCAACCUGAAUUAAGAGGCCGAUAA